AUAUAUGGCUGCUCCCAUCGUUAUCAAAGUUGUUGUUGCGUCGCCUGAUAAUCAUGUGUAUUCAUAGCCCUAGUUAUGGAUACGAAUACUUGUGGUGAAAAAGAACGUUUGUCAUUAGCGUAUAAAAAUUAUAGAGAAGUUCCUUCCAAAUACGUGAAGAAAUAUGCAAGUAACCUGAAAGAGAUCGACCUUACCGCCAAUAAACUCAGGGACAUACGAUUUCUGGCAAGUUUUCAAAGUUUACGAACACUGAUACUAGAUCAUAAUCCAAUUGACUCCCAUGUGAAGUUUCCACUCUUACCACAGUUAGAAACGCUCUGGGUCAAUCACACAAAGAUAAGCAACCUCAGCAUUUUCAUAGCAGCUGUAGGAAAAGGAUGUCCAAGUCUCAGAUAUCUUUCCAUGUUAAACACAGAAGCUGCACCAAGCUUCUUUAAUGGAGGGAGUCCACAAGACUACAUCGACUUUAGAUUAUAUGUGGUAAGCCAGUUACGAUCCUUAGAGUUUUUGGAUUAUCUUCAAAUUACCUAUGAGGAGAGGAAAGAGGCUAACAGAGUAUACAAGCAUCCAAAGAGAAAACGAAGACAGAAGUUCAAAUAUGACACUACAGGAGAGGAGACUGAAAAGCAAACAGACUCGGCUACAUUAAACAGUACCAAAGAGAUAAAUCACAGACUAGAUGAGACAAAGGAGCAUCUUGUGCAGAGUAAUGGUGUAGAAGGCAUUGCUGGGAGAUUUGCUGACGUCGUCCAUCAGUUGGCACGUAUGCAAGACUCUAGCCCAGCUGCUAAUGCACCGGAUAUUUGAAAUAACUUUACACAUGACAAUGUGUCUAUUUUUUUAUAUAUAUACACAAGUGGUGCUACAGCUGCUACAUAGUUUACUCUGUUAACUUUGAAAUCACCUAAACCAUGAAACUAUGCGCGAACAUUGAGAGCACUACAAUAAAGCAGUGCGUUACUUCGAUUUGCCUACAUUACAAGAAUGUGUUCUUUUAACUAGAAAUGACAAUUCAUGAAUAUUUACAAUGUGAUAUUAAUUAUUAUCUAAGUAUUUAUUAUUAUGCUUUUGUGCUUAACCAAGAAACUGGCGGAUUGGAUGGUAUGUUAGUUUACAUAAUGAAUACUUAUGAAGUUGUGUUGACCAAAAUUUAACAUAAUAUUACACUAUUACAGGGUUCUCUCCAAUAAUUUUUGAAAACAUGUCUUAUGGGAAAGGGGGUGGGCCGGGGAGGGUGUUCUACUAAUUGGAGUCAAUUAUGCAUUUCAUAAGUGGCCCUAAUACACAGAUAAACUUGAUCAGUUUGGAGACAUGAUAUACAUCAAGCCAUGAAAACACAGCAUGACUUUGCCAUGCACAUGACCAGCUAACAAAGCUGGAAAUUAAGGAAUGAUGAUUACUGAUUAGGCAAUUAGGGCAUGUUGAAGGAUCUAUGGGAUAUCACAAAUUAGGUUUAGCUUUGAAAGCAUUUCAGACCCGACAUGCAUUAGUUAAAAGGCCUGGGAAAACCCCUGUAUUAUAUGAUAUUGUUAACCUAUUACUUAAUUUCAAUGUGGAAUGUAGGUUUUCACUAGUCAAUUUAUUUAAUAAGGUUAUUAAAUUUGUGAACCCUAAUAUUGUAUCAAAAUGUACCUGUCAUUGCACAAAUAAUUAAUGUUUUCUUUGA